GCCGAGGGGGCCGGGCACGGGCUGGCAGGGAUCUGUUGUGGGGCAGCCCUCGGCCCGCCAUGAGGGAACCCCGGGACCGUCACCACCGGCGGCGGGGCAGGCGUCGCAGGCUCAUGUGCCAGAUGAGGAAAUGGGCGCAGAGGACACGCGGGGCCGGGGAGCAGUACUCACAAGCGCCAGAACAGGCAUUAGAGUCGGGCCCGGCGGCAGCAGGCGGCAUUGGCUUCGCAGGCGGGGUGACGGGGCUGAGGGGGUCCCGGGAGACGGUGCUCUCGCCUCCUCCGCUCCUGCUUCCUCUUCUUCCCCUGUGGGCCAAGCACACCGAGGCCACCAACAUGCAUGUCCUCUCCCUGCCUCGGGACAGGCCACCAGAUGUGCCAUUUGUGGUGCCCCCUUCCCUCCAAGACCAAGACCGGGGGCCCCUGCGUAGUGGACGGUGGGCACAGGCCCCAUGGGACCCCUGCCUCGCCCUGGAGCUCCAGCCCCACACCUCGGGCGGCAUCGCUGGAGAGGUAAGCACGGUGGGGACCAUCAACCCGGAGCUGUACAGGGUCCCAGAGGACAGGAGUGAGAAUGACUUCCCCGAGGGCUGCCUGGGGCGGCUGUGGUUCUCCGUGGAAUACCGGCAGGAAGCCGAGCGGCUACUGGUGGGUUUGAUCAAGGCGCGGAGGCUGCGCGCCCCCUCGGAGGCCUGCAGCCCUCUGGUGAAGCUGCACCUGCUGCCCGACGAGCGGCGCUUCCUCCAGUCCAAGACCAAGCGCAAGACCUCCAACCCGCAGUUCAAUGAGCACUUCGUCUUCCAGGUGUCCAGCCAGAGCGUCACCCAGAGGGUCCUCAGAUUUUCCGUGUACCACAUGGACAAGCAGAGGAAGCACCAGCUCCUGGGCCAGGUGUUCUUCCCCCUGAAGCACGAGGCCCUGGCAGGUGACCCCCCGCACGUCGUCUGCAGAGACCUGGAGCCCGAGAGCCUAGAGCCUCCCUCCGAGUUCGGGGACCUGCAGUUCUGUCUCAGCUACAACGCCUGCCUGAGUCGCCUGACGGUCAUCGUGCUACGAGCCAAGGGCCUCCGGCUGCAGGGGGACACGAGCUCCGUCAGUGUAUGGGUCCAAGUGUCCCUGAGGAAGCAGCACACGGUGGUCAAGAGCAAGAGGACAUCGGCCGUGCGGGGCUCCGACUGCCCCGUGUACAGCGAGACCUUGAGCUUCCACGCGCCCCCCGCUGAGCUGGACGCGGCCAGCCUCAGCCUGACAGUGCUGCAGGGCGCGGGAGCCCACGGCAGCCGGCAGCUGGGCCGCGUGGUGGUGGGCCCCCGCAUGUUCGCGCGGGGCAGGCCGCGGGAGCACUGGGACCAGAUGCUCGGCGCACCAGGGGAGCUGGUGAGGCACUGGCACGCACUGGGCCACGAGGUGGAGGAGCCCUGAGCCCGGGACCUGCGGUGGCGCCGGGAGCACCCCCACUCCGCACCCCGCACCCCAGGAGCACCCCUACCCUCCACCCCGCCCCCCGUGCCUAGGCCUGGAAGCCGACACCAGAGGGGACACGAAGCCGCAGCUGCUCCCCAGCUGCUCCCCACGAAGCCGCCCGGCGCCCCCCACACCCCCCUGAUCCCAGAGCCCCGGCGGGGCCACCCCGGCAGCACCUCAGGUCAGCAGAGGGGCCUCAGCAGCCACCCAGGACACCCCAGCCCUGGGGUCAUCCAUCAGCAUCGCGGCGGCUGCGCAGGACAAAGGUCCUCAGGGACUCGCCCGUGGGCUCCGCAUCCGCCCGUUGUACAGGUGUCCCCGGGCCCUGUGGUCUCCCGGCGACAGCACUUAGCCCAUGUGGCUCACUUCGGAGGGAGCGGUGACAGCACGUGGCCACAGCACAGCCGUGACUGGACCCGGCAACCACUGGCCGGACGGUGACCGAUGACCCACGACCGCCUCGGGCAAGCGUGCACAUUCCAUGAGGCUCGUCACCGCCUCCCCGUGACGCUGGACUCAAGGUGAUGGGCAUCAAUGCACCAGUCACCGUCACCUGCUGGGGGCCUUGCUGUGGUCGUGAGCCGGACAAAUGAAUCCUGGGUCUCCCGGCGGCGGGUAAAGUCAGGAUUGUCACGCUCUGUGCCUCUUGCACUUUGUGUCCGAUCCCUGUCACGGCUGAAGGUGGCCUCACUCGGCAGAGGGCGCGCACCCUCCCACGGAGCGCACACCACGGCCACCCCACGGCUUCACCCUGUCCCCACGCGUGAUGGCUCCACGCCCCCAUCCCCUGUGUGUCACGGCUCCACCCUGUCCCCACGUGUGACGUCUCCAUGCCCCCGUCCCCUGUGUGUCGUGGCUCCACCCUGUCCCCGUGACCCACGGCUCCACCCUGUUCCCACAUGUCACAGCUCCACGCCCUCAUCCCCCACGUGUCAUGGCUCCACCCUGUCCCCACGUGUCACGGGCCCACCCUGUCCCCACACGUCACAGCUCCACCCUGUCUCCACGUGUCACAGCUCCACGCCCCCAUCCCCCACAUGUCACGGCUCCACCCUGUCCCCAUGCAUCACAGCUCCACCCUGUCCCCACAUGUCACAUCUCCGUGCCCCCAUCCCCCACGUCACAACUCCACGCCCCUGUCCCCCACGGCACGGCUCCGCACCCCAUGCCCCACGUGUCUCAGCUCCAUGCCCCUGUCCCCCACGUGUCUUGGCUCCACGCCCCUGUCCCCACGUUUCAUGGCUCGCACACUCGUGCCGUCUUUGAGCAAGCCCCUCCGCCAGGCCUGCUUCCGUGUCCCCAGGGCCUGAGCCAACAGGCACCAGCCGCACCCGCAUGUCAGGGGGAUGUGGCACCUGCCACUGGCCCUGCUGGUGGGUCAAGCAUCCCCCGUGCAGGACACAGUGAAUGUGUGUGUCUGACUCACAGCUGAAGACUCUCAGCUGCAGGAGGCUGUCGCACUGGGCCCUGCGGGAGGGGUCGGAGGGGGGCCGGCGGCAGCUGGGUGUCUGCAGUCGGGGUCAGGGCAGGACAUAACUGGAGGGGGCGAGUGGGGCUGCCUCGGUCCUGCCCACCGGGCGCCUCCGGAGGGAAGCCCUUCGCCUUUGCACAAAGCAUUUGGAAGGAGCUGGUCAGCAGCCACGCCAACAAGUGCUAGUGUGUGGUGGGAUUCUCAUGGAGUAAAUACACCCGUUUGGGGGCCGUCUGAUAUCCCUACAACUUUGCAUCUUCAAUCCAUUAACAUGGUAUAUCCCUCCGUCUCCUCUGGUCGGUCUCUCUCUACCUCCAAUUUUUAAGGAUGCCGGUAUCAUUCAUUUUUUGUUGUUUCGUUCGUUUCAAUGUCAUUUAUUUUAAUUCCACGUAUAUUUUACAGCAAGCAAGACAUUACUAUUAUUACUA